AUGCCCAUUUUAUAUGGUAAAACUCUACCCAAAAAGACAAAACUGCAGCUUGAGGUCUUACACAGCAGCUCUGCUACUUUGUUAUCUAAACAAUUUUAUUUCUCCAUACAAACUUCAGAGGAGAGAUGCUUGACUAGUGAAGAAAUCUUUUCUUUGCAUGGGAUACCGAACAACAGUCGCAUAUCAAAUUCCAGCUUCUCUACAAUAUGUCCUGCAGUUUUGCAACAGCUAAUUUUUCACCCGUGUGAUCAUCAGGAGAGCUUUGUGGACACGUCUAAACCACAUUCUUUGCAAGUUUGGGGAUUUGGGUUCCUGGCUGUGUCUAUCAUUAACUUGGCAUCACUUCUGGGACUGAUUUUAACUCCUCUUUUAAAGAAGUCGUAUUUCCCCAAGGUUUUAACUUACUUUGUGGGCUUGGCCAUUGGUACUCUCUUUUCUAAUGCAAUUUUCCAGCUCAUUCCAGAGGCAUUUGGGUUUGACCCAAAAGUAGAUAACUACGUUGAGAAAGCUGUUGCUGUGUUUGGUGGAUUCUAUAUUCUCUUCUUUGUGGAAAGGAUUCUUAAAGUAAUACUAAAGCUCUACAACAAGACUGGCCAUAAUUACUUUGAAAAUGGAGAAGAGAAUCAUUCUCAGGAUAAGACUAACUCACCCAAACCACCAUCAUCCAGCAAUGGGGGAAAGUGUUAUGCAAAUUCAGCUGUCAUAGAGAGCAAUGGAAACCUUGGUUUUGACAGCAUCAGUGUGGUCUCAGCACAGGAAGAAGCCACCCAAAGCAGCUUAUGCAAGUGUCUUAAGGGGCGCCCACUGUCGAAGAUUGGCACCAUUGCUUGGAUGGUGACACUGAGUGAUGCUGUACAUAAUUUCAUAGAUGGCUUGGCUAUUGGAGCUUCUUUUACUUUGUCUCUGCUGCAAGGGCUUAGUACCUCCAUAGCUAUCUUGUGUGAAGAGUUUCCUCAUGAAUUGGGUGAUUUUGUCAUCUUGCUUAAUGCAGGAAUGAGUACUCGGCAGGCUCUGUUUUUCAAUUUCCUAUCUGCAUGUUCUUGUUACAUUGGGUUGGCCUUUGGAAUAUUAGUAGGCAACAACUUUGCUCCUAACAUCAUCUUUGCUAUAGCCGGUGGAAUGUUCCUGUACAUCUCUCUGGCAGAUAUGUUCCCAGAGAUGAAUGAUAUGCUGCGGGAGAAAGUGACAGGAAGAAAGACGGAUCUUACAUUCUUCCUUAUUCAGAAUGCUGGUUUACUAACGGGGUUCACUGCUAUCCUGCUGAUUACCUUGUAUGCAGGAAAUAUCGAGCUGUGAAAACAGAAUCAGGAUUGGAGACAUCAAGUAAAUUGCAAAUGGAAGACACUUGAAAUCCAUACAGGGACAUUCAUGUAAUCUACUCGGUUUUUAAACGGUGGCAAGGCCCGUCCUGUCCCUCUUGUCCCAAAUACAGGAAAUUCUUCUUUAGGACUUGCAGUUGAAUCAAAUAGUAGGAGCUGUCAGCUUCUGUAUGAUGCCAAAAAAAUUAUGCUAAUAUUUGUAUUUCUACUUAAAAUUAUCAGACAUAUCUGAACUGUCAUAGCGGAAGGGUGUUACUUGGCCAGUAGAAUUAUGCAAUACAUGCAACUACAUGCAACUCCAGACCAACUGAAAGCUGAGGUCUACAAGGAAGAUGGGUAUUUAAAAGUAAAUAAUAUAGUUUCAUAUAAUUUUUAAACCGUGAUGAAGGCAAGCAGUUUCAAAACUGGUUAAUUUUUGUGACUUUUGUUGCAGGAUUUGUCUGUGUAACAUCGUCAUUCCCAACCAAAAAAAGAAAAAAAUAAAUCAAACCAUUUCAGAGUAGGUACUAAUGAAGCUAAGAUUUUUAAUUACUAAUUAACACUGGAAGGAAAGAUACCAGUUCCUGCUUUUGAUCUUUUCUUUUUAUAAAUGCACUAGGGAAUUGUUGAUUUAUUUUGAGAACCACUUUUUUUAAUUAGAGGGAACCUGCGUUAAAUUUAUGACUGUUUAUCAACUCCAUAAUAUUUUAGAAACAUUGAGUAUUUUUUAAAUGUUCAAGUAUUAUCAGUUUAUUCUAUGAAAAUAAUAAAGUUUUAUACUUAAGUUUCACAUAUAUCCCCUUUAAAAAUCAGUUUUUUAGUCUUA